AUGUGCACAAGAAUCCCUGCCAGAGAUUAUUCUAUUCUUACUCCUAGACAAUUGGCUACUGUUAGAAAGAUUGCUCUUGGAAGAGCUGAUAAUGAGGAAGAAGAAUUAAAGAGACAGAGAGAAUUAGCACAUCAGAAAACAAAAGAACUUGUAUCUAACUGGAAUAAUACAAUUGCUUCUAGUAGAAGAGAUAGACUAGCAAGAUUACAAAAAGAAAAAGAACGCGAGGAAGAAAGAAAAAGAGAAAUCGAUGAACAAGAUGCAAAAUAUCGUAAAUUACAAAAGGAAGCGCAACUUGCUGCUGCUAAGAAACUAGCAUUUCAGAAUUCUCCAGAAGUCAGAGCAGUUAAUUCCCAAUUAUUACUCGCCGAAUGCUUGGAAGAGCGGCAUGAACAAAGACUUCUUAAGGAAAAGAAGAAGAUCAUGGAAAUGCAUCGUCAGACAAAGGAGGAUAUGGAAGCUCAAAAGAGAUACGAGCAAAUGAUUGAAAAUGAGCAAAGAAUUCGUGCAGAAAGAAAGAGGAAAGCACAACUCAAUGCUCAAAGUAUUAUACAACAGCGUGAGGAUCGUAUUCGCAGGAAAGAAAUUGAACGUGAAGAAAAUCUUGAAGAUGAUCGAAUAUUACGCAUAGAAAAUGAACGCAUUGCCCGCGAAGAAAAGCUCAAGGAGGAAGAAGCAAAGAAGAAACAGAGAUUAAUAGCCGAAGAAUGGAAGAAUCAAAACGGUGCACUCCAGGAAAUCAAGAAACGCAAGAAACUCAUCGAACUGGAGGAAGAUAAAAAGAUUCUUGCAGAAGCAGAGCGACGCAUGGAUGAAGAAGAUCGUAGGAAGAAAGAAGAGGAAGAGAAACGACUUCAGGCAACUAGAGAGCGUCAGAAACUCAUUGACAUGGAAGCUGAACGCCAGAUGAAGAUAAAGAAGAAACAAAAUGACUUUCUUGAUAAGCAAAUUGAUGAACAGCUCAAGAAAGAAGAAGCUUCCAUCCGGAGCAUCACAGAAAAGAGAGAAAAAUUGGCUGCAGAGAGAAGAAAGGAAAUGCUUGAUGCCGUCAGGAUUCAAAAUCAAAAGAGAGAAAGGAAGGCUGAAAAGAGGAAAAUUUAUCCUGAUUUUGAUGAAGCUGAGGAGCAGUUAAUUAUAAAGCGUAUUGAACAAAAGAGGAAUCGUGGCAUAGAAGUCGCAGAAUUCCAGAAGAAACAAGCAGCAGAGAAAAGAGAAAGAGAAGCUGCUCUUAGAGAAAGAGAGAAACUCGAAUAUAACGAAGAAAUCAGAAAAGUUGAAGUUGAUAUGGAAAUCGCCAGGCAAUAUGCUAAGAAACUUAUUGAAAAAGAAAAAGAGAUUAAUCCAGAUGAUGAAUAA